AUGAACGCGGAGAACUUCGGCUCCAGCGAGCGGCUAGUGACGGCAGCCUACGUGCGCCAGGGGGCGCAGGGCCGCCGCGCGCACGAGCUGCGUCUGCGGGCCCUGUUGGAGCAGGGAAAAUGUCCUGAAGAUGGAUGGGAUGAAAGCACCAUUGAACUGUUUCUUCAUGAACUUGCUAUAAUGGAUAGCAAUAACUUUCUAGGCAACUGCGGUGUGGGUGAGAGGGAAGGAAGAGUGGUGUCAGGACUCGUUGCCCGAAGGCAUUACAGGUUGAUCCAUGGAAUUGGAAGGUCAGGUGAUAUUUCUGCAGUCCAGCCUAAAGCUGCAGGUUCUAGCCUUUUGAACAAACUUACUAAUUCAGUAGUUCUGGAUAUUAUAAAGCUGUCUGGUGUCCGGACAGUGACCAAUUGCUUUGUGGUUCCUAUGGCAACUGGCAUGAGUCUAACUCUGUGUUUUUUAACUUUGCGGCACAAGAGACCAAAGGCAAAAUACAUUAUCUGGCCACGUAUAGACCAGAAAUCUUGCUUUAAAUCAAUGAUAACUGCAGGUUUUGAGCCUGUGGUGAUAGAAAAUGUAUUAGAAGGCGAUGAGCUGCGGACAGACAUUGAAGCAGUGGAGGCUAAAAUCAAGGUUCUUGGUGCUGAAAAUAUUCUUUGUGUGCAUUCUACAACAUCUUGCUUUGCUCCAAGGGUACCUGAUAGACUGGAGGAACUGGCUGUGAUUUGUGCUAAUUAUGACAUUCCCCAUAUUGUCAACAAUGCAUAUGGAGUUCAGUCUUCAAAAUGUAUGCAUCUUAUCCAGCAGGGUGCUCGAGUAGGCAGAAUAGAUGCUUUUGUUCAGAGCUUGGAUAAAAAUUUUAUGGUUCCAGUAGGUGGUGCUAUCAUUGCUGGCUUCAAUGAGUCCUUCAUUCAGGAGAUCAGCAAAAUGUAUCCAGGAAGAGCAUCUGCAUCUCCUUCUUUAGAUGUCCUCAUUACACUUCUGUCUCUAGGUGCCAGUGGCUACAAACAGUUACUGAAAGAGAGAAAGGAGAUGUUUUCCUAUCUUUCAAGUGAGCUGAAGAAGCUGGCAGAUAUCCACAAUGAGAGACUGUUAGACACAACACAUAAUCCCAUUUCCUUAGCCAUGUCACUGAAGAAUCUAGAUGAAAAUAAUGAUGCUGCUGUUACCCAGCUUGGAUCUAUGCUUUUCACAAGACAAGUUUCUGGAGCAAGGGUUGUUCCCUGUGGAUCUGUGCAAACAGUGAAUAACUACACUUUUAAAGGCUUUAUGUCACAUGCAAAUGACUAUCCUUGUGCUUACCUCAAUGCUGCCUCAGCAAUUGGAAUUAAAAAGCAAGAUGUAGAUGUAUUCCUAAAAAGACUCGACAAGUGUUUGAAGACUGCUAGAAAAGAGGCAAAGAAAGAAAAAAGUGGAAAUGAAAUAAGUAAUUCUAAUACAGGCAUGGAACAACUUGAAGACUAGAAGAUACAAAUUUAGUAACACUGGAAGAUAAUGCUUUUGUUUGAAGUAUGUCAGGUUUGUAUUGCGUUAGCAUUGUGAAUCUGCAGUGAAGAAAAUUUAUUCCUGAUCUGAAAACAACAACAACAAAAAAAUUGGGUGAAAUUCAGCUUUAAAGAAAGUAGGUGAUAUUCUCUCCAAGACAGAGGGCCAGACACAAGUUUUUUGCAGCACAAAUAUGCACUUAAUAUCUGCCAAAUAAAACCUUUACGUUUACAAAGACCUUGAGCUGGCCUUUCAGUCUGUGGGUGACUGUUUGGACAGGUGUUCAGCAAAUCACAGAAUGCCUAUUCACAUAUUCUUGAUUAACAAGAUUUAUUUUGUCUUUUUUCCAUUUCAUCUUUUCUUUGAUAGGGUGAUCAGGUCAGAGACCCACUGAAAGGAGGAAUGCCUUGAGGGAUUAAUGCAGCAGUUUCAAGAGCCAGUGAGACCCUGAGGUUAUUUGGGCAUUUUUAGUCCAAUUGUUGUUAACAUUUAUAGACUUCCAUUUCUGAAGUGUCUCUUGCCAUUGGCACUGUUUCUUCGUAACUGUGUGCGGUUGCUGAUUUGAAUUCAUUAAGCAAACAAUAGAUUCAGAGUCUGUUCCUGAAACAAAGGUUCCAUAUCACCAGAGUGACAGUGCUGUAGGUUGCAAAACUUUUAGUUAAUCAUUCUUAAAUGCGCUAUUACUACAUUGCAUGUAGUUUUUACAUCAUUUACUAUUCAAAGUGAGCUUAAUGUUCAAAGACAUUUUCUUUGUCUGUCUGUAAUGUAGUAAUACUUGGGACACCGCAAUUAAUGAGUUCUAAAUGUCAGGAAGUAUUCUAGCUACUUUGUUUGGUGGGAUCUGAGACACGUAUUCUUCAGAGCCCUCUGUAAAUUGCUUAAUCAAAAUAGUGGUGCUUUUGAAAGGAUUGUCUAUCCAGCAUGUUCAAAUUAAUUGAUACAAGAGGUGAUGUUAAUAUGCAGAAGUUAAUAGUAUGCUAAUCAUCAUGAAGGUGCUCUCACUUAGUGAGGUCCAUUGUAUCUUAAGCUUAAAUUGAACUGCUGCUUCUACAUUGUUAUUGCUACAGUUACACGUUAGACUGAUUAAAGCUUGUGAAAGUAUGGCUCCCCGGACUACAGUCGCAGUUGUUGUUUGCUGUACAAACACAUCCUAGGAGAAAUGUAAUAUAACUUGGCCACUGAGUCUUUGUGGCUAUAAGGAGAUGUAAAUUUCUUUUAUUUCUCUCUCUUUUUUUUUCUUUUUCCCUUUUUUUCAUUGAGAGCAUGCUAUACCUCAGUUUUUCCAGUCAGUAAAGCUCUUCCACAAGUUUGGGAGCCAAAACUCUGCAGCUCACUGCCUCAGUAUUCAGUAUAUUGGAGCAGCCAGUGGAAACCUCAAGGCCUUAGUGAUACCUUUCUUCCAAGUUUUUGAUAUUGCUGUUCUGUGCCUGAAUGAGUAUAAAUUACUAAGUUAGAUGACUAGUCAUGUAACGCGAAUGUUAGAACUGUUGCUGUGAGAGUUUAGGGAGGUGUAUGGUAGCAGCUAAGAUAAGCAUUUGAUGAAUAAUAUCCUGAAACUGAAUAAAGAAAUGAGCAGUUGUCUUCUCUGAGAGGAAGAAACCUCUGCCUUUUAUGUUCUUAUAAUAAAUUGUCUGCUGCAAACAAUUCACUCACUUCUACUACUAUAGGUUGAACUGCUUUCUCGGGUAGUGUUUUUCCUGUCAUCAAAAUGUUUACCAUUUGCAAUCAAAGUUGAACAUUUCAACAAAUCUCUAUAAACAAGUAUCCAGGGAAGGAAUUAAGUCAUUUGUUCUGAUUUUGACCUUUUAAACCUUUUUUUAAUCUAAAAAAGUAUUUUAAGAUGAUGGCUUUAAUUGGAAAAAAAAACAACACAUUUUUAAUUUGUGUGUCGUUACAUCUCUUCACAAAUCUGAGUGAUGCCACCUGAAGUCAGGAAAUUUAAAAUAUUUUGAGAAAUGUACCCCAUCACAUGUAUAAACUCUUGAACUAAAUAUUUGUUAUGUUUACUUAGGUAAUCUGGUGUACCAGUUUUCAGUUUUGCUUGCUUGCUUUGUCCCCUUAAAUGUCGUCACUUAAUAUUCAGUUUUUAGAGACGGAAGAAUUAUAUAAAGUCAUUAUAAACGUAAUGAAAUUUUAAGUAAUUCAAAUGACAAUAUACUUUCAAGUAAAUGGAGAAUAAUUGGUUAUUUAGGAGAUUCAGUAGAUAAAAAGUAUUUUUCAAGGAAGAGUAUAAAUAAUUUAUUCUCUAUUCACUAAUAUCUGUA